AUGUCAUUAUCAAAACUUGAAAGUCUUGCCAAUGAAACUAUUCUGGAAAUCUUCGAUUAUCUUCGUCCAAUAGAUAUCAUUCGAGCAUUUGAAUUGCUCAACGAACGUUUCCAAAUUCUUAUUAUUCAACGUUCAUAUCAUGUCAAUCUAUCAAUGAAUCUUUCGCUCAAUGAUUUCAAUGAAUACUGCUCAAUAAUUCUUCCGAACUAUUGCUCAUCGAUUCAUUCAAUUUACCUUUCGAACUCAGAAACAUGCGGAUGUAUGAGUUUAUUUUUUCAAAGAUUUCCUCACGUGGAAGCAAUAUUUCCCAAUCUGAGAACGAUGAUAUUCAUUGAUCCGAAUGACAAUGAUUAUAGUCAAAUCAUUAAAAUUAAACAAUUAACAACGGUUCAUCUUAAAUUUAGUCAAGUCUAUGAGCAAAAGAUUCAUCUGGCAGCACUCUUCGACAAUCCAAAUUUACAAACAUGUAUUCUUUCUUAUGAUGAUCUCUUACCAAUACAAAAAUUCCGUUCGAACUCAUCUCUUAAACGACUUGUCCUUGAUAAUUUUUACAUCAAUGAUUUUCAUUUACUCUUCUACUUGUAUCCAUCACUCGAACACCUGGCUAUCAAUCGACUGCUCGUUAACUUUCACGGUUACCUACCACCGUUCAACGGACCGGUGCGUACACUUCAUACACUCAAACUCAAUUGUGCAUACACAGUUCAGUUUGAUUAUAUUAUGUAUCUUCUUUCAUUUCUACCGAAUCUCGUUCGUUUCACACUCAUUGCUAUUGGCAUGGACUUCUUCAACGCAGAACAAUGGAUACAAAUCUUGUCAUCCUUGGAACAACUUCGAAGUCUUGUCUUUGAUCUCAAAGCCGUACCGGAAAUGUUUGACAAUAAACUAGCAUCUUCGUUUCUCACCCCAUACUGGCAUCGAUGGCGUAUAGCUGUGGAUUAUUCUGAAGACAAUAGGAAAUACCAUCUAUUCACAAUCCCGUAUCAUCGCAUAUCAUUUAUAAGCACAAUCUACUCCGUAUCUACUAUAGAAGCACCACCUCAUACGUUUGAUUCAGUGACACAUUUGUAUCUAAAGAUGAAUACUCCCGUGCAGAUGUGUUCCAAUCGAAAGUAUCCAAAUGUUUAUGCCUUACAGAUCUAUCAAAAUACGAUCAUCACGGUGGAUUAUACGAAUUUAUUUAGCCGACUUUGUACAAUGAUUGAUACGAAUAAACUAGUUCAUUUAGAACUCUUUGUUUCAUUGCCUCCAUCGAUUUUCCUUGCUUUACUUAAAUCAACACCAUGUUUACGAUAUUUCAAAACAGACUAUGAAAUUCUCAUGAUUUUGACGGAUAAUCUUCAAAAUGAUGAUAUUUGUUCGGAAUUACAUAAUAAACUCAAUAAAUUAGUGAUUCGUCAAGGUGUCUUACCACUCGCUGAUAAAGAUCGUUUCGCUCAAAUAUUUUCCAAUUUAAAAUAUUUACAAAUUCAUUUAUAUACAGUUUACGAGUUACGACUACUCCUAUGGACAUUCAUGAAGAUCAUGUUUCAGCUUCAGACAUUACAUGUACGGCUCAUCGGUACGGAUGCAUCAAUUGAUUCACUUCAAUGGCAAGGUGUGAUCAACAACAUUAGCUAUGAAAUAGCUAAACGACAUAUUCAAAUUUGGAAAUAA